UUGUCAAAUAUGAGGCUAGUUUUGGAAAUUUAUUGCUACGAAUUUGUAUUUUUGAUGCCAUGUUUAAGAAGGCUUGUAACACGAAAAUUCUUGUUUUGUCUCUCCCUCACAUCUGGAUGUAUUAUAAUUUCGUUCUACACAUUGAUAUUUGGAUUUCUCAAUGCGGGAACCACUGUCGAUGAGGUUAUAUACAGAAAUACACUUAAAACAGAUAUAUGGGCGAAAUGGUUUAAUGUUUUUCAUAUACUUCUGAUGAUUGCAGCUGCAGUUAUUCUGUUGGUUUCUGUUUUGACGAAAUAUAUAAAAAUGGUUUUUAUAUGGAUGGCAUUGUUUAUUAUCCACAUGAUAUCGUACUACAUUGUCUUCAAUGCAAUUGUCAACGUUCGAAAUCCUUUUUUGGGAAGUGCUUUAUCUUUAUCUCUAUAUGUUUUGGUUAAUGCGGUGACCCUCGCCAUAGAUAUAUUUUGCCUGCUUAUAGUCUACUCAUAUUACUAUGUAAAAGGGCAUCCAGAGGAAUUCAGACCGCCGUGUGUUGAAAAAUGAGCUGUAUUAAAAGGAUGUUACCUACUUAAGCCAAAAUAUUUUCACAUAAUGAUGUUUUAAGCUAUCAAAAUAUAAAGCUAUUUCGAUUUAUCUACCACAUGUUCUGCAAGUGAUAGGACUGUCAUCGUGUGGAUAACUUUUUUUUUGCUGUGCUAAUAUGGCAGACUCAAUUUUCUUUAUAAUUUCAUUAGCAUCUUGAUGAGAACUGAAAACGAUUCCACGCGUGCCUGACACACACACACAUACAUACAGAAACACCCACACAAACACACAUCGAGCAGGAAAUUCUGGGCUAAUGCUAAUGAGGCCAUAAUACAAAUUGCUUAAAUUGAAAUUAUGCAAAAAAGUUAAUACUCCCCACAUCCACAUCGCAGUCAAGAGGAAAAUGAGGAGGCAAUUUCGUUUAAGUUUGGCACCAACAUCUGGGCAAGCAAUCCAACAAUAUUUCCCUUAAACUUCCGCAAUGUAAAUAAAUUACGUAUACGCAAUGUGGUACAAGAAAAUCA